UUGUUUUUGGUUCUGAUCCGAUUGUGGAGCUGAAGCCUCCUGUGAGCGGCACCCAUCCCAGAUGAAUCUGGCCGGGAUGCUGACGGCUCGACAGAACCGGUUCCUCUGUCCCCACUGCGGUUUGGACUCAGCUGUGAGACGUCUGAUGGUGGACGGUGUGGACGGUCUCUGCUCCCCCUGCAGCUCCUGAUCUGACCUGAGAUCUGCCGUUUCAUCUGAGGCUGAUCCGUCCUCAGGUUCUGAAGAAUCUAAUUACAGAUUUCAGCGUCUGAGUCCAACAGGAGCGAUCAGAAGGAGAAACCCGUCAAUCAGAACCCAAACAGACGGGGCAAAGGACCCGGGCCCCAGGCCAGGUUCUGAUUGGCUGACUCUCCUCAGAGACGCGGUACCAUGGAAACCUCUCAGGUGCUCUGCAGGCCUGAAAGAAAACUAUCUGCGAUCUGUGAUGAGACGGGAAGUGGACAAAAGGUUCUGAUGGAGCGUUGGCUGCAGAUAAGCCCGCUGGAGACAAGCGGUCCAGAUGGGAUGCUGCCUCCACCAGGAAGAGUGAUCAGAACCGAACAAUCAGCUCUGCAGCAGCCGGGUCUGGACCCCACAGAACCCCAGAUUCUAAAACUCACCUGCUCACGUCUGAAAACAGGAAAAGUUGAGUGUUUGGAGCCAGAGCAUCAUAAAAAUACCACCACGCUUCUAGAGUUUGACCCGUUUUAAGCUCUGACCCGUCUAAGAACCUCAGCAGGCUGUCAUGGAGCCCGAUCCCAGGAUGUCAGAAAACGUCUCCUCUCUGGCUCUCUCCAGCAGCUCUGCUCCCCCAGCUCCUCUCAACGCCUCCCAGUCCCCCCCCCCUCCUGCAGACUGGGAGCCGCCCAGUUUUACCCGUGCUGCCCAGUUCAGAGUCGGCGCCACCUUUCUGCUCUUCGCGUUUGCCGCCUGCAGCAACGUCGCGCUGCUGACCAGCGUGUGGUGUGGGCGUGGCCGGCGGCUGUCGUCUCACCUGCGGCCGCUGAUGCUGAGCCUGGCCUCGGCGGACCUGAUGAUGACCUUCGUGGUGAUGCCUCUGGACGCGGUGUGGAACAUCACGGUUCAGUGGUACGGAGGCGACGCUCUCUGCAAGUUGCUCAGCUUCCUGAAGCUCUUCGCCAUGCACGCUUCUGCCUUCAUCCUCGUGGUUAUCAGCCUCGACCGCCAUCACGCCAUCCUGCACCCGCUGGACGCUCUGAGCGCGCACCACAGGAACCGAUGCAUGCUCCUCCUGGCCUGGAGCCUGAGUCUGCUGCUGGCUUCCCCACAGCUCUUCAUCUUCAGAACCAUCCGGGUGGACUCGGUGGACUUCACUCAGUGUGCGUCUCAUGGCAGCUUCAGCCACCGUUGGCAGGAGACGGUGUACAACAUGUUUCACUUCAUCACGCUGUAUGUGAUCCCGCUGCUGAUGAUGAGCUGCUGCUACAGCCGCAUCCUGCUGCACAUCAACCAGCAGCACCUGCAGGACAAAGGUGAGUCACACCUGCGCCGCAGCGGCACCGACAUCAUCCCCAAGGCUCGGAUGAAGACGCUGAAGAUGACGGUGGUCAUUGUGCUGUCCUUCAUCGUGUGCUGGACUCCGUAUUACCUGCUGGGCAUCUGGUACUGGUUCCAGCCCGACAUGCUGCGUGUCACCCCUGAGUACGUCCACCACGCCCUCUUUGUGUUCGGGAACCUGAACACCUGCUGCGAUCCGCUCAUCUACGGCUUCUACACGCCGUCUUUCCGAGCCGACCUGGCUGCUCUCUGCCGGCGGACCAAGAGCGACGCUUCGCCGCGCUCUCUGGACCGAAUGUCUGCCCGGCAGGGUCCUCACAGCAGCGAGGACGACCAACAAGCCGGCCCCGCCCACCGGCCGCCAUCAGACGGACCAACCAGAGAGCAAAAGUGAACCAUGUGACUUUCUCUCCGUUUCCCUGCUGUUGUUUUAUUUCUCUGUUUGUUUAACCUCACAGAAUAAAGUUUAUCUGUCUGGUCA